UUGGGAAACUUUUUUGGCGGUGUCACUUUACUCAAUAGUCAUCUGAGAACUGAUAAUGUGUGUUAUUCCUGCUGCCGGUGAAAACGUCUAAUCCCCUCCUGAUUACCGCUUACAGAUGGAUUGUGUCGUGUCCGCCAUCCGGUUGACAUCAGGGCCUAGUCAAAGUCAUUUAACCGCUAUGCUUGCGUCUUGAUUGUUGAAUUGAAGCCACUUGAGGCAGUUCAUCAUAUUCAUCUUAUUGUCAGCGGCCUCUCCUCCCGGUGCCAGAAUGAGGAGAGCUGUGUUGAAAGAAGCCGCCAAACGUUUCCCCUGGCUGGCCAAUGUCACUUUGUACGGGUGCUUAUUCGCCGGCGGUGACCUGGUCCAUCAGCUCAUGGCUCAAAAGGAGCGCAUGGACUGGAAGCACACUCGCAACGUGGCCAUCGUGGCAAUCAGUUUCCAUGGAAACUUUAAUUACUUCUGGCUACGAGCCCUGGAGAGGCGGUUCCCUGGAAAGUCUGCCGGGAUGGUUUUCCGCAAACUCCUGCUGGACCAAAGCUUCGCGUCGCCUUUGGCCACCAGUGUCUUCUACACAGGAGUGAGCUUCCUGGAGGGUAAAGAGGAUAUCUUUGAAGACUGGAGGGAGAAGUUCUUCAACACCUGGAAGACCGGACUCAUGUACUGGCCGUUCAUGCAGUUUCUGAACUUUGUCCUGAUGCCGCUGUACAUGCGAACGGCCUUCAUGGGCUGCUGCGCCUUCCUCUGGGCCACCUUCCUGUGCUUCUCUCGGCAGAACGGCGAUGGCACUGCCGGCGUGGCUCUGGCCUUCGUCAUGGACCCCCGUAAAACUCUGGAGGAGAUGCGUGAGGCCCGGCUCGCCCGGAAAAGGCAAAAGGCUCAGAGGGAAAACUGAAGGGAGGAGGACGGGGACACUACGUCUGUCACCCAGGCCUUUGGGCUUCGACAAGAGGACAGAGAGCGUUUUCACUUUUGCUAAACCAGCAUCCAUGAAAUGGAAGCAGCGUGGGGAGCUGACGAGAUGAAGAGCAUCUGGUUUAUAAGAAAAGUGUGACUGAGUACAUUCAGUUUGAUGUGAAUUUUUGAAGGCCAAUGUUGUAGUAAUAAUACUACUGUCCUGGAAGCACAGUACUAAAUUGCUUUUGCCCCUUUAAGCACUGGCAUAGCAACAUGAGAGUAAGACAACAAACCCUGUCUCCUAAAAAACUGCUUAUAUACUAAUCUGCAAUGGCAAAUAGGGAAACUGUAAUUAGGAGUAAAUGUUUCUCUUGAACACAUUUGCAAAGUCCCAAAGUGUUCAUACUGGAUUUAAGAGCAACAUG